AUGGAUCAGCUCCAAGUCAGGUUCGGGGCAAAGUCUAUGCAGACUCGUUUUGAGGCCACCAAGAAGUAUGCCAAUGCUCAUAUAGCACCGUCUCAACACGUUCGUGAUCACCUGAUCAAGAUGAUGAACUACUUUAAGGAAGCGGAACUGCAUGGAGCUACAAUAGAUGAGGAGGCUGAAGUCAACUUAAUCCUCAAUAGUCUCUCUCCAACUUUCCUACCAUUCACCACCAACUAUGUGAUGAAUAAACUUGAUUAUGGUCUGAUGCAACUCAUGAACGAGCUUCAAGCUUUUGAGUCUAUCAUGGGUGGAUUGAGUAAGCGAUGA